AUGGCGACUAAAGGCUGUGCUAAAGUAUCGCCAGUAGUGUCGCCUAAAGUGAAACCAAAGGACAUGUUCUCGUUGGGGACAGAAGAAUCAAACCGAGGUCAUUUUAACCUCGGAGUUAGUGAAACGUCUAGCAGUUCGAGUAAAGGAAACGGAGGAUUCCAGUUAGGCGAAGAAGAAAAUUCACAAAGUUCAAAAGGAAAAUUCUUCACGU